AACAAAUCAUCGGGGUGUUCGGAUUGUCCACCGACCUUGAUUCCGGCGGUGCAGCAGAUGACAUGGCAGAAGGCUAAGCCAUGCGGAACCUGGCUCUGGCUUUGGCCCUUUUGUCCUGCGUGCUCUACUGUCUCAAUGGCCCCUUGGAUGAUUCCAGGCCUUACAGCGGGAGGAGGGCUCUCAUGCCUCGCCGCUGCUGAACUUAUUGCUCUGCCAUUUGGGUGGUCUUGUGUUUCUACCUCACUUCGGGUUCACCAGCCAGGAGGCGCCCAAGACCAAGACGGCUUCGUUGCUUUUUGCAGCUCUCUUGAUGGGAUACAACUACGCGUGGCUCCUGAGUGCGACCUAUGUGGAUUUGCGCCUCACCAAUGCGGUUUUCCAGGUCUCCGUGGCCUUGGUCUACCUCUGCAGCGUGCAGCUCUUCGAUGAGGUGAUCUCCUUCGACCGUUCUCUGGGAGUGUUGCUGUCUCUACUAGGCUCGUUCAUGGCCAGUGGCGCCGUUUUCUCAGGCACCAGUCGAACCUCAGCACGCUCGACGCUCAUUGGGACCUUCUUGGCACUGCUGGCAGCCGUGGGGUACACGGCGUACCAGACGCUCUUCCGCUGGAGCUUCGGGCAUCUGAAGUCCCACGUCUCCUUCCUGGCCGGCUUCGGCGCUUGGGUCAGCCUUUGGCACUUGCUCUUGGGAUUUCCCUUGGUCUUCCUGGCACAUUUGUGUGGCAUCGAACACCUCCAGUGGCCUUCGUCGUGGAGUUUGUGGCUGGGCACUGGCUUUUCGGCCCUGGUGGCUGCUGUGGUGAACGCGCUCUACUUAUGCAUCGUGAUGUGGGGCUCUCCGAUGUUGCUCCCGAGCACCUCCGCCCUGUCGGUGCCCCUAACUGUCUUUCUGGACAUGGCCUUGCACGAGGCGCAGCCGGAGCGAGCGGAGCUGCUGGGGCAACUGCUGGUCUUGAUCUCCGUGGUGCUGAUCAUGCGUCUCCACGGUGGCUCCAUUCUGCCAACCAAGCGGACCGUGAUGAAGGCUGCGGAGCUGGUGUCCCUUUGAGCGACGGACGCCAUGCAUACGCCAGACUGGAGAGGACGCUUCUUUCGUUCAACGUGGCGGUUCAAGAGAACGAGGAACGGCAGGCCGUCGCCCACGCCCAUGCCCUUGCCGCCGCGGCCGACGCCAAACUCGCCGUGGACGGUCCAGGUCCGCCGUGGGGCGAAGGGAGGAGCCGAACCGUGACAGGGCCUCGAUGAAGGGAGCAAAUCCAAAGCUUUGGCCGACAUGUUGGAGUACAUCUUGGUGUCUACUAUACUGUAGUAAGUAUACCAAGUAUAACUAUACCAAAGCAUGUUCAUAGUCGUUCCCUGACACCUUUUUGGAGUAGUGUAUAAACCUGAGUGGUCCAGGGUACUCCAUCCACUGGAAUCUUCACUCUGACGAACACAUCGUCGAUGGAGGGCGCAGAUGGCCCACCGGGGAACGAGGUGUCGAGACUCACGAGGCGGAUGGCCAUCCACUGCCAUGUGAGAGCAGAGUCAGAAGUAUCUACAAGAGAAAAGGGAACGUCAAGGGGUGCUUGCAGACUUAUAUAAGGGGUGCUUGACUCCAUUGAAACAGUCAGAAAUACAAUACACUCUAAAGACUUAAAAGGAUUUGGUGCUUUACUCCAUUGGACUGAAACAGUCAGACUACCCCGUCCAGAGUGGUCAGAAGUGAAACCUGCAC